AUGGAGAUCAGGAAAAAUGAGACCAACACUUCAUUCAAUGCUGAACCAGAGACAGAUGAGAUCCGGAUUGUCCUGAUCGGAAAGACAGGGGUUGGAAAAAGUGCAACAGGAAACACCAUCCUGGGAAAGGAAGUCUUCAUAUCCAGUACUUCAGCUUCAUCUGUCACCCAAGACUGUACAAAGAAAUGUAACAUUAUUAAUGGGAGAAAAAUCUCAAUUAUUGACACACUUGGUUUGUUUGACACAAGAAAAGGUGAAGAAAGUAAACAAAAGGUAAUGGAAGAAAUUAAGAUGUGUAUAUCUUAUUCUGCUCCAGGUCCACAUGCCUUUCUAAUUGUUAUGAAAUUGGAAAGAUUCACAGAAGAAAAUGAAAAAACAAUAGAAUUUAUUGAACGAUUAUUUGGUAAAGAUGCAAUACCUUAUACCAUGGCACUGUUCACUCAUGGAAAACUACUUAAAGGGAAGGAUAUUGAAACAUUUGUGAGUGAAAAUUCUGAACUACAAAAUUUUGACAGAAAAUGUGGGGAGCGCUGCUUUGUGAUUGACAACGACAAACAGGAUCCAGCACAGGUUAUGCAGCUGCUAGACAAAAUUGAUGAAAUGGUUAGUAUUAAUGGUGGACAAUACUACACUAAUGAAAUGCUUCAGGAAGCAGAGAGAGCUGAGGAGGAGAAACAACGGAUCAUGAAGGAGACUGAAGAACAGCUUCAAUUCUUGCCCGUUCCUCCUGUUUCUUAGCUAAUUGCCUUUUCCUUUUUUCUCAUUCUUCCUGCACAAGAUUUUGAUGAUUACGCUCUACAGCCUCCAUCUCCCUCUUUCGCUGUUCUUCAGUUUCCUUCAUGAUCUGUUGUUUCUCCUCCUCGAUUGCUUUCU